UACAAUAGAGACGGAUCAACAAGCACAAGACGAAGAAGGCGCCACGCAUCCACCCAGCAUCAAUCGUUCCAGAUCCUGCAUCGAAACUCUGUCACAAUCAUUAUAGCAUUAGACUAAUAAACAUCACUCAAGCUCUGAGGGGCAUUGUAUACCCCUAACCAUCGUACCAUGGAUAUCAGAUGUCCGUAUACAUAGAUUUAAUGCAUUUCCAAUGCCAAGUGAGCUGUCAGCAUUGUCCAGAUAAGGGUUAGCAGCUAGCGUGAACGUGUUGCAGAAGUUUCGAGCGGUACAGACAUAAGAAUCAUUGUCUGAUAUUUCGAACAAAAAUAAGACUAUCAAGUUUAAUGUUGUUUUCACCUGCCUCGUGAUAUUAUUAAUUAAACAUUUUAUUCUCCUUCAAAUACAGAAGCGGUUUCAUUCCAAAUGUGUUAAAAUACUGCGCUGUUGAUCAAUUGAUUUCGGGUCGCACAUCGUUGGAGAGUCGGAUUCAUGUCACCAUGGAUACGCAUAAUGCAAAUAACAUCCACGGUAAAGCAGCGACGGAUGGGCAUAUCAAUGGCGGACUGCACCAAUCACGCAAUGGAGUUAGCAAAGCAGGGAUGAGCCAAACCGCCAAAACUUCUCCAUCGAAAGGAAAAUGCAACAUGGCAAUCGGUGGCGCCAAAUCAACAAAUAACCAUCAAAGGUACCUAGUAACUGACCAGCAAAAUGGCAAGAAUGGACUCGCUCCGAACAGUGAAGUCAAAUCGCAAACGGAAGGAAAGGAGACUCAACUUAAACCAAAACCGCAUGCAUCACAAACGAAGAAAACUUCAACAAGAGUGGAUCAGAAAACAGCGCCAGACAAAAAGAGCCCUAAGAAGACGAAAAAGAAACGAAAAUUUCGGAUAGGACUUGGCGUCCGUCAGCGAGUGGAUUACGGAAAGCUAGAUAAAUUCAAUUCUCGUAUAGGAUUGACCACAGGCAUCUUGCAGUUGGUACUGUCUUUAGAAGCUGUUACCCUGGGUGCCCUACAAUUCCAUUUUCGCGAGGAAUAUGCUGAUCUCGGGAAUGUACUAUUUGUUUGGCCGUCGAUAGGGUUGUGUAUCCUAAGCGGGAUAUUUGGGACGUGGUCACAUCGUAAAGGAACUUACGUGAUCUAUAUCUACAUGCUGGUAUCAAUCUUCGCUUGUAUUACAUCCUGCAUGAUGUUUGGUCUGGAGAUCAAUGCAUCCAAAGAACUUCGAAAUAAAUGUUCUCUGUCAAAUGGAAUGUCGACAUCCAACGACUCCACUGCGGCGAACACGGUGGAUUGCAAUGAUAAUUAUGGUUUGAAUAUGGCAAUAGCAGUUAUCCUAGCCAUAAUCGCAUUCAUCCAGAUUCUUAUUUCAUUUGUGGCUGCCGUGGGAAGUUCAAAUGUCAUGUGCAGUAAAGAAAAUCAUGAAAUACUAGUGGAAGAAUGUUUAUCAGAUGAUGACGAUGGCGAACCUCCUCCACCUAAUGCUGGACUUCCGCAGCUCAGAAGAGCCGCUAGGAGAAAAUGAUAUUCAUCACCAUUCGUGAGUGAGGACAAUAAAUGUAUUCCAUCACUACAAGUGCUUUCAAGGUAUCUUAUCGUUGAAAUCGUCAGGCUUUCCGGCAUGGAAUUGCAGUGGGUUUUUUUUUCACGAAACUUGCGUUUGUAAUCACUGAAUUAAUCAACGGACGACCAAACAGUUAAUAAUAGAAAUUGAAAGAAAGUGGUUAUCUAAUAAUACUUCUUAGCUUCGUGUGACGACAAAGUCAAUAUCCUGUCGGUGUAACUUAUCAACUUUUAGAAUCGAUAGAACGCUGAAUUCUAAUAAGGGGCUGAUCAAGGUUUUACCAAAAUGGGGGCAAACAUUGUAGCAACCUCUAAAGAAGGUCCUCAAAUAGGGAGGAGACUCUUGCCCCCUUUGCACCAAUCGAUGUGUGCCUGGUUCUAAUCGCGAUUCCGAUAUAAAAACUUAACUGAUUAUACUCAUAACUUCGGAUGGAAUGAAGUUUUGAACAUCCUUCGCAUCGCACGCACGAAUAACUGUUUCAAGCACAUCAACGAUGAAUGCAACUAAUCAUGUAUUGUUUAUUACAAACCACGAACAAGUAUAUGAUUAUUAACGAGAGAGAGACCUACGCUCUAUCCUUCACCCCUAUCCUUGCUGAUUGAUCCUAUACCUAUGAGGAUCCGAAAUCUUUGAUACUCGAACAUCGAUUUUAUCCCCCCCCCCCCUCCCCCGAUUUGAAUAUUAAUUUAACCAUGGAGAUGCAUGCAACAUCUACGGAGCAGCGAACAUUGUCCACGGGCGUUCCUCUCCACAAACUUUUCUUUUAGGGAAUUACGCCUUUCUUAUAUAGCCUAAACAUGCGUUGUAUUGUAAUGACGAAUUGAUUUUGCAUAAAUUUGUUUUCAAAAAUUAAUUGAAGAAUGUCUUCAUGGAAAAACAUGGUUACAUUAACUUGAUUUGCAAAAUAAUUGUUACCCCAACCAACCGUUCGCCCCCCCCCCCCCCAUCUCUUGAAUAUUAAAGCUAAUACGCCAUAGCCAUUCGAAACGGCACCAGUAUUCUGAAUCCAAACCGAGGAUGCAACAUUUAAAAUGUCAGAAUAUGGAGGGGAAAAUGACCGCACAGAGACAUGAAUUAUCAGUGAAUGUAUCCUAAAAUACUCUUUUUAGUCGGUCAUAUUUUGUGAUGUAGUAUGUGGUAAUAAUCUGUAUAAUCUAACCGAAUGGCCUAAGACAACAUCAACUACUAUAUAAGUUCCUCUGAAACUUCGCUUUUGCUCUCCCUUGAUUUGGAAACAAAUAUUUUGAGCUUUCUAGAUGUCUAAUACUAAAUUAAAGAAGCUAUUUGCCUUAACUAAUGCAGAUUAAUUCAUAUUUCAACGAUUCUGUACCAUCGUUUGUAACUAAAAUACAUACUGGGUCAGUCUGUAUGUUUUCAUGAUUAACAAAUACUUAAAUACUUACACUUGUUUGUAAAAUUUAUAUUGAACAGAAUGCUUUUUCACGAAAUGGUUCAAUUCAUAUAGAUUUUGAUUUCGGUAAUAAAUUAUAUUUAUUCGUC